AUGGCUAACGAUCAAAUAAUCUUUAACCCAACAGAACAUCAGCACAUAAGAUUUAAUCCUUUAAAGGACGAUUGGGUUUUAAUUUCACCUCACAGAAUGAAACGUCCUUGGGGAGGACAAUUAGAAUCUAACAACUAUGAAGAUCCACCAGAGUAUGAUCCACACAAUCCGCUUUGUCCUGGAAAUGUUCGAGCUAAUGGACAGGUAACUCCCAAAUAUGACCAGACUUAUUCAUUUAUAAAUGAUUUUCCUGCCUUACUGGAAAAUGUGCCAAGUCCCCCAGAAUCCGACGAUGAAUUAUUUCAAAUCGAGAGUGCAAAAGGUACUUGUAAAGUAAUGUGCUUUCACCCAAAAUCUAAUGUGACCAUUGCUAUUAUGAAAGUAUCCGAAAUACAAGAAGUCAUAAAACAAUGGAUAAAUGAAAUGAUGGAAUUAGGAAAAAAGUGGACUUGGAUACAGAUUUUUGAAAACAGAGGUGCUUUAAUGGGAUGUAGUAACGCUCAUCCACACUGCCAAAUUUGGAGCAGUUCUUUUUUGCCUAAUGAACCUAAAAUAAAAGAUAAAAAUCUAAAGGACUAUUACAAUCGUCAUCAAUCACCGAUGUUAUUUGAUUAUAUGAAGAAAGAACUUGGCAAAAGAGAAAGAAUAGUACUUCACACCGUCGAUUGGCUAGUUGUCGUUCCUUAUUGGGCAGUCUGGCCUUAUGAAACAAUGAUUUUGCCAAAAAGACAACUGUCAAGAAUGCAAGAUCUGACGGAUAAAGAACAAUGUUCACUCUCUGCAGUAAUGAAGGUUUUGUGUAUUAAAUACGACAAUUUGUUUAAAUGCUCAUUUCCAUAUUCUAUGGGUUGGCACGGCGCGCCCACUGGUCCUAAAUUAACAGAAGAUUGUAGCCAUUGGACUUUUCAUGGGAUAUAUUUGCCUCCAUUACUUCGCUCGGCAACUGUGAAGAAACACAUGGUAGGAUACGAGCUGUUAGCUCAAACUCAAAGAGAUUUAACUCCCGAACAAGCAGCUACUACACUGCGAAGUUUACCUUCGGUUCAUUACAACUAUCCAGAAACUAGCUUAACACAAGAAGAAUUAACAAAGUAUAUAUGAGAAUAUCAUUGAAAUUUAAUAUUACAUGAAAUAUAUAUGAUAUAUGUA